CCAACCAGGAAGUUUGGUCCUGUGAAGAAGAUAGAGUUGAUGCUGAGGUAUGAGGAUGAGGGUGACGGGUAUUGAUUCCUCGAGGACUGCAUCGAUUACAUGCUGGCAGCGAGCUAUGAUACUGUGAACGCUAUUUCGGAGUAUUGGGAGUCACCAUCAUCAAAUCCUACUCGAAACCUUAGUCCCCCCAGAACUACCCCUCCAAAUCCUAUCUCACGAAACCGCAGAUCUCCUGUCGUCAUGCUUUCCAAACCACAUUCCCACCACCUCACGCCGCGCCCACCCUCCCCCAAGUCCUCCUACCCUCAAUCCCCCAUCUCCCACCUUCCCAACUCUACACAACCACCUGACCAUGCUAAUCUCACACCUCACACCCUACAUUACAUUACAUUACCAAACCGCCCAUCACACGCAUCAUCACACGCAAGGCAAACGCAAACGUAACGCCAAACCAGACGAUCCCAAUCUCCCACUGCUCGACGCGGAAGUACAGCCGGCGCAAGUAAGCCGCAGAUUCCUACCCCAUUCGCAGCGAAAAGGAUGCCAAUGACGAAACCAAGCGCACAAGAUCGUGCAGAUCGCGAUGGCGAUCGGGGGGGACAUAGCUUGCCUUUGCGAGCCCGGUGGUUGGGGCUGGCUAAAACUGUGGGUACCUAGGUAUA